AAUGACAACUCGUCUCGAUUUGGCAAGUUCAUCCAAAUUAAUUUUGAUGACAAGUUUACGAUAUCUGGAGCGGAAAUAAAAACCUACUUGCUUGAAAAAAGUCGGCUUGUUUUUCAGGCGCGUCAGGAGCGAAACUACCACAUUUUUUACCAGCUUUGUGCGGCUCGUGAUCAUCCACUGCUGCAGGAUUUUGCUCUCGGACCCAGUGACGUCUAUUGGUACACUGCGCAAGGCGGAGAUAGCAGAAUUCCUGGUGUUAACGAUAGGGAGGAUUUUGAAGAAACCGUGAAGGCUCUUGAUUUGCUCGGCUUUGACAGCGAGAAGCAGAGAUCCGUGUUUCGGAUACUUAAAGGUAUUCUGCUUCUUGGCAACAUAGAAUUCAGAGGCGAGGGAGACAGUUCCACAAUCUCGCCGAUGAACGCUGCUGAGAUUUCGCAGCUAUGUGCAGACUACAAAAUCGACGAAACGCAGCUGCGGCUCUGGCUCACUGUACGAGAGAUCCGCGCGGCAGGAGAAACUGUCAGGAAAGGUCUUCAACCGCGUGAGGCUGUUCGAUCGCGUGAUGCCUUUGCUAAGUUACUCUAUGCGCAGUUGUUCUCGUGGUUCGUUCGUCACUUCAAUGACACCCUUAUGGAGAAGGAGAGGAAGAUUUCGCGCUAUAAGAGUUUUAUAGGAGUGCUUGAUAUCUACGGGUUCGAAACCUUUGACGUGAACAGUUUCGAACAGUUUUGCAUCAACUAUGCUAAUGAGAAGCUUCAGCAGCAGUUCAAUCAACACGUUUUUAAAUUGGAGCAGGAGGAAUAUGAACGAGAAGAACUGUCUUGGGUUCGCAUAGAUUUCCACGACAACCAGCUGGCGAUUGACCUUAUCGAAGGUAGACCUGGGCUCAUAGAAUAUCUCAACGAGCAGUGCAAGGUGGUCAAUGGCUCCGAUAUUGAGUGGUUGAAUCAAAUAACAACCUCUGCUCCGUUGAAGAAGAACGCUUAUUUACAAAUACCGCGUGUCAAGAGCACUAAAUUUAUUGUGAAACAUUUUGCCGCUGAUGUUUCAUACACCGUGGAAGGAUUUAUGGAGAAGAAUAAGGAUGCAGUCAGCAAGCAGUUGUUGGAACUGUUCUCCCUUUCGGCUUUUCCUCUACUUCGAGAAAUUCUCGGAUCUGCUAUCGUUUUCGAUGACACCGUACCCACGAAGCAAACUGUUAAAAAGACCGUUGCUGGACAGUUUCGAGAUUCUCUUCGUGACUUGAUGGCAGUGCUUUGUACGACACGCCCUCACUAUGUGCGCUGCAUCAAGCCCAAUGAUCUGAAGGAGAGGUUUCAUUUCGAGCCAAAACGAGCCAUCCAACAAUUACGGGCUUGUGGCGUUUUGGAAACAGUACGUAUUUCCGCUGCUGGUUUCCCUACCCGAUGGACUUAUGAAGAAUUUGCACGUCGCUAUCGCGUCCUCUAUCCCGAGGGAAAAGCUAUAUGGCGAGAUAAGCCGAGGAUGUUCGCUGAGAAAGCAUGUCACAAAUGUCUCGAGGAAGGUAAAUUUGCUCUCGGGAAGACUAAAAUCUUUUUCCGUACCGGUCAAGUGGCAUUACUGGAACGUGUUCGAGUAGAAACCCUCAGUGUAUCUGCAACCGUCAUUCAGUCAACUUGGCGUCGAUUUGUUGCCAGACGGAAGUAUCUCGUUCUUCGCAAAAGCUUGCUCACGAUUCAGGCUGCGACGAGAGCUUUUCUUGCCACCAGACGUCUGUUUUAUCUGCAAAUGCACCGGGCUGCUAUUGUAAUUCAAAGCUCUUACCGACGAUAUAUUUGUGAAAGCCGCUACCGUAAACUUCGUUGUGCUGUGGUCGCUAUCCAGUCUCAUUUCCGUGCUUCCAAAGUCCGAGCAUAUGUACAAAAGUUGCGCUUUGAGAGCUCGGCGGUCAUUAUCCAAAAGUACUGGCGUGGUUACCUGGCACGAAGAGAAGGUAUCCAGUUUCGACGUAAGGUUGUGCUCGUUCAGUGUUGUGUACGGCGAUGGUUGGCGAAAAGGCGUCUUCGAGAGCUCAAGAUCGAGUCGCGAUCUGUGGUUCAUCUUCAGAAGCUCAACACUGGCCUAGAAAACAAGAUCAUUGAUUUGCAGUUGAAGCUUGACCUAAUGACGUCCGAGUGUAGUCGGCUGAAGACAGCUGAAGAAAAGCUCCUGUCGGAAAUUGCAGCGCUUGAGGUCAAAAGGAAGGAGCAGGAGGCUUGUGCGGCUCAAAAGGAGGAAGAGUUAGCUCUAGAAGUUGAACGACUUGAGACCGAAUGCGAUGUAAAAGAGGCGCAAAAGGGAGAACUUGAAACUAGGAUACAUGAGCUGACUUCUCGGCUAGAUCAGAACAAAGUGGAGGCAUCGUUGAAGAUCACGGAAUUAGUGAGCGAGUUGAAAAUAUCAAACUCAAAUGCAGUGGCUGUAGAGGACGAUCUUAAAAAGACGCGAAGCGCUCUUACCGCAGAAAGCGAACGUCGUGCUGUUAUGGAGCAUGAAUUGAGUCUUAUGCGUGACCAACUACUGCAAAACGCAAAUCUUCUCGCGUCUUCUCACUUUAGUCGAAGUGGCAGCAUGCGGAGUGAUCAAGGACGUCAGCCGUUCUCUUUGUUAGGACCUGAUGGCAAUUCUGUUUCUCUAAGCGGCGGUUCCAGCGAUUUGGAAGAAAUCGCCCUCAUCCUUCGUCAACAACAAAUGAUAAAUGAUUUACGUAUGAGUACGAUUGGAUCUAUUACAUUGCAGGAACUUGAAACAGCAUGUUCUCGUCUGAAACUCGAAUUGGAGCGUUUAGUUGAGGAGAAGGCUGAUGGUGGUCUCGAGAAUAUGAACGUGAAGCUUUUGCUUGACCGCAUUAUGGAAGACAAUGACAGACUUCGUGAGGAAUCAGCAGAAUUGCGAGCUAUGCUGUCGACGCGAUUUGAGAGGCAAUCGGCCAUGGCAGGUGGAUCUCCAAGACCGGAUUCCGGCCAUUGGUCUGCUGGACAUUCGGAUGACGGCAGUUCAGAUCUCGAUGAAGAUUUGUGCAAGGAGAGGCAGUGUCGUCAAUUGAAAGCUCUCGCAGAGAAUUUGAAUCGUGUGCUUGUCGACAGAAACCGAGAAAUAGAGAAGCUGGAGAAGCGGCUCUCAGAGACGACACCUACAUUCGUAAGUCCUUGCAAUUUUCCCAUGCUCACUGCAGACCGUAGUUGGUGGAGCUCCCCGCCCACACCAGUUCCGUCUGAAUGCGGUUCACGCUCACUCGCCGACCGUCUCGAAGGCAUUUGCGAGGCUGUACUUUACACAGCACCUUCUGUGGUCGCCAUAUGGCUUGCUUACAAGAUGGCAUAG